AUGAAGUACUUGGAAUACACACCUUUCGACAGAAUAAAUGCUUUUCUAGAUCACCUCAACCUUGGAGAACGUACCCUUAAGGGAUGCAUUGAAGCUUACUCCUGUAAACAUACAGGCUCAGAUAAACGACUUUCUCUCAGUUUGGAAAAUGAGAUUCUUGAUUAUCUUGGUAACUCACCUGAUGCUGACUCACCAGCUGAGUAUCUUUCUAGUAGAUCCAGCCGAAAGAUGUUGAUCUAUCUGAUUCUGACAUUAUACCACAUGUAUCCAGACUAUGACUUCAGUGCAGUGAAAGCUCACCAGUUUUUCACAGAGGAAACCUGGGAUGGUUUCAAGCAAAUUUUUGACAGCUACAUGUCUGAUGCAUCUAAGGAAUGGAAAGAGGCAAAUGAAGAUGGGUCCCUUCUAGAAACCCUAUACAAAGCUCUAGACGAGGUAAUCAACCUUUCAGAAUGUGAAGUUUACAGCUAUGAUCCUAACUCAGAUGCUGACCCAUUCAUAGAAAAAGGAGCUCUGUGGUCAUACAAUUUCUUUUUCUACAAUAGGAAGCUCAAGCGGGUUGUGUGCUUUCAUUUCAGCAGUUUAAGCAAUUUGGUGAGUGAUGGAUUUGGGUUUGAUGGUUCAUACUAUGAGGAAGAUGGUGAGAUAUUUGAUGAUAUGGAUAUGUGAGGUGGAAAAUGAGUGUACAUAUACCAUGUUAAUAUUUGGUCUAGGAUUUUAAAUAUAUUGGUAGUGUGUACAAAAACAGUAGAACUGACUCGACUGUUUGUUGUUGGCUUACUUACUCGUAGGUUUUUAUAAAAAGUUCAACAUCUUGUUAUUGAACAAAUUUAAUAUGUUCCAUUUUUUAUUCUUGUGUUUAUGUAUGAUUCUUUUGAGUUGUGGUUUGA